GGAGCCCUGGAUCUGUCUUCCUACCUGUUAGCAGAGAACAAAAGGGGGCUGGCAUUUCCCGAAGCUAAAGGGCGCAGACAGCCACUUUCUCUGCUAAACAAACCAGUCCUGAGCACAGAACAAGAAAAUUACAUAGGGGGAGCAAGGGGAGCAGAGAGAAACAGAACCCAGAUUAUGCGGAAGGCAUCUUAAUUUAAUUAACUCCUUGGGAAGGCAGAGGCGCUUUGAAGGGGCAGGAACUUCGCAGCCAUUUCUCUAUUCGUCUGAUACAGUCUGGCCUUAAACAAUUUUUUUCUUUUUAAUGAUCUCCUUAGAUCUACUUAGUCUAUAGCUCUCUGAUUUAUGUAAAAUUCUGUUGUGGUUUGGGCUGAAAUUUCAGCGAGCCUAUCCAACCAUCAAUCAUUUCUUUCAGAUACAGAUGCACAGGUUUUAGUAGAUGAACGCUGACUGUAUAUUCUUUUUAGAUAAUGCAAUGUAAUAAUACCAUUACCAAAGAGCAAAACUCCUUAUCAAGUUACUUCUUACCUUUUUUCCUCAAUGUUUUGAGAGCUUCACUGAACUAAGUGUGUACACAUCUCCCUUGUUGACAGCCAGUCAACUAAAUUUUACAACGUUUCUCCACAUGGCUGGAAAUUCCUGUAAAGAAGACUGAUGAAAGAAAAGUAGCCUCAACUCCACCAAAAUACUUAUGCCUCUUCAUUAGUUUAAGUUAUUUCCUUGCAAAAUUAAAAGUAACCAGUGGUCUGAAACGGGAUGGUGGAGAAAUGACAGCAAUGAUCACUGUUAUUUCCUGAAAGGGAGUGUGGGAACUACAGGGCUCAGCUCUAGACAAAACGAAAGUACUUUAGGAUCUCUGCAUUCGCUUAAAAUACUUCUUUUGAUAUACAUUUCCAGCAACUCAAUGGGAGUGUGGAAACUUAAACUUCCGAAUUAUUUGUGGCAAGAGCCACUGGUGGAUAUUUAAGGUGGUUCUGUUUAAAAAAGGAUUUUAAAGGGACCAAUGGUCUGCCCUUCCCCUGUGAAGAAACUAUCUGCCCUGCAAAUUAAAACGUCCUAUGAAAUAGCACUUUUUUUUUUUUUUUUUUUUUUGGCCAACAUGAACCUGCAUUAUACUAGUCGUUAAUUUCUGUGUUAUAAACCAUUCAGAAAAAAAAGGAAAAAGAUGGCACUGAACUUUGUGGCAGUGUAAACUUUAUGGCAGAGUUCACUGUGCAUUUGGAAUAGAAGUCACAGGUCACAACAGUACUUUAGCUGACACCACUCCCCCCAACCUCUCCCCCCAACAACACAUAAUCCUGUGGUGGGAGUUGUGCUUUGCCUCCUGUAUUUAUUUCUAAGAAAUCUAGUCUGGGAAUACACCCAAAUAAUAAUUUCGGUUUCCUCUCUAUGGGAGAGAGGCUACUUUUCAACACUAAGGGAAAAAUAAUAUUUUUAAUCUCUGGAAAAUCCUCAUUACGCAAAGAGAAGGAAAUAAAGGUGUAAUUUGUUAUUUUUAAUUAAAAAGGAAAUAAUCAGAUAGAUUACAAGGAAUGUUAGUAGAAUCCUUUUUUCCUGCCUUCCUAAGAGAGGACUCGAGAGAUGCCGCGGAGCAAAAAUGAAUCGUGAUUUGUGGUGGGAAAUCUGAUUACUAAUGGGAGUUUGCAGUUGUGGUUGAAUGGUCUGACUGAGACCCUCUGACUGUUACACACCUCUCAUUAACUCCUAGCUUGAACUCCCAGACCGCAUACCACCCAGCCGAAGCGAUUCGUUAAUAAAUCUCUGUCUCCAAGCCCUUCCAAACAGAGGAAGGUGUGGGCCCCGCCGAGGCAGCCAAAUCGUGCCUAGCCAGAGCAUUGUCAUUAGUGUAGCCCCCUAAGUCGGCUCACAGAUUGAACCGCAGACAAGGCGCUGCAGAGGACAACUCAGGCGCGGGAAGGGUUUAGGUGGGAAGGGAAGGCUGGAAUCUUCUGCCUUCCCGCUGGGUUCAAACGCCAGGCCUGGCGGUUGUUGGCGCAGAGUGGCUGGGUUGCCCCUCUCCGGGACAAGUGCUUAGCUCUGACUCCUACACCUGGGGGGCGGCUCUCAGAAGGAAGGCCCUGGUCCCACGAGCUGGCAGAAUCCCUUUCUAAAAAGGGGCUGGCAGUGGGAGAAGGUGGACCCACCGUGAAGGCAGGCGAGGUGCUCCCGAAGAACAGGGGUCUAAAAUCGGACCUAUGUUGCCAUUGGGAGCACGGGGAGGGGGAGCGCCCUGCUUAGGCCCAGGCCGCAGACCCCAGACGGCGUCCUGGUGGCGGGAGCGCAGCCGCACUCACCUCCAGGUCGACAGACAAGGUUCCUGCAGGCCGGCAGGACCACCCUGUGCGUGGCCUACUGAGGGCUCUCCUGUAGCGUCUUUCUUCACCCUCGGCAGAGUGUCCUCUCUCCUCUCCUCCCUCUCUCCUCUCUCCGUCCUUUCUCGUCUCUCCUCGGCACCCGACUGAGAAGCAGUUGAGGAGCAGCCUGGGAAAAGGGAUUUCGGCCUCAGGGACGUUCUCCGCCCCCACCCCACCCCUUAAGAGCCUGAACCAUCUGGAAGGGAUCUUGGUGGGGGGUUGGGAGGAGAGCCCCUGGAUAGGAGGAGGGGGCGAUUUUAGGCCCAAUCCAGCCCAUGAGGUGUCACUUUUCUUUCCUGUGGCCCGUCACCACUGAUAAAUGGGACUGAGGGCAAAGGAAGAGAAAAGAAAACCUCUGAGGUCAGUGUAGGGCGAGACGGCCCCUCCCAGAGUCCUCCAGCCCAGGAGGAUGAAGCGCGCUGGCUGUACUCUCGCACGCCAGGUGCCGUCCAGAGAUUUCUCUACGUGCUGUUGUCUCACUGGGUUUUUGCCGGAGCCCCAAGCUCUCCCGCCUCUGAGUCCUGGAAGAAAGGAGUGGUCCCCUCAGCUCCCCAGCAUCCUGGAAAAUGGGGAGCAAGGCCCUGCCAGCACCCAUCCCGCUCCACCCAUCGCUGCAGCUCACCAAUUACUCCUUCCUGCAGGCCGUGAACACCUUCCCGGCUGCGGUGGACCACCUGCAGGGCCUGUAUGGUCUCAGCGCAGUGCAGACCAUGCACAUGAACCACUGGACGCUGGGGUAUCCCAAUGUGCACGAGAUCACCCGCUCCACCAUCACGGAGAUGGCUGCGGCGCAGGGGCUUGUGGAUGCUCGCUUCCCCUUCCCGGCCCUGCCUUUUACCACCCACCUAUUUCACCCCAAGCAGGGGGCCAUUGCCCACGUCCUCCCAGCCCUGCACAAGGACCGGCCCCGUUUUGACUUUGCCAACUUGGCAGUGGCUGCCACGCAAGAGGAUCCUCCUAAGAUGGCAGACCUGACCAAGCUGAGUCCGGGGCUGGGAGGCCCCAUCUCAGGCCUCAGUAAAUUGACUCCGGACAGAAAGCCCUCUCGAGGGAGGUUGCCCUCUAAAACGAAAAAAGAGUUUAUCUGCAAGUUUUGCGGCAGACACUUUACCAAAUCCUACAAUUUGCUCAUCCAUGAGAGGACCCACACGGAUGAGAGGCCAUACACGUGUGAUAUCUGCCACAAGGCGUUCCGGAGGCAAGAUCACCUUCGGGAUCACAGGUAUAUCCAUUCCAAAGAAAAACCCUUCAAAUGUCAGGAGUGUGGGAAAGGAUUUUGUCAGUCCAGAACUCUAGCAGUUCACAAAACUUUACACAUGCAGGAAUCUCCACACAAAUGUCCCACAUGUGGAAGAACCUUUAAUCAGAGAAGUAAUCUGAAAACUCACCUUCUCACCCAUACAGACAUCAAGCCCUACAGCUGCGAGCAGUGCGGCAAAGUGUUCAGGCGAAACUGUGAUCUGCGGCGGCACAGCCUGACUCACACCCCGCGGCAGGACUUCUAGAGAAGCCCAGGAUCUGUCCCGUGCCGCCGCUGCUCCCCUCCCCAGACACCUCUCUACGUCUCCUACCUGGGAGGUCGCACCCCUAGCCCUUCACUGACCCCAGCUCUUCCCUUGCUGCAGCCGCACCUGCAGCUCCAGGGAGUUAACUCUUCUUCUAGGGGACUGAGAACUGUAGAAAGCCACACACUACAUCCCUUCACAAAGAGUAUAUGCUAGUUUCUUGUAGAUAUUCACAGCUCAUUUUAGAGCUCUGUACAUAAUGUUGUGGGCCUUUGUUUUCUUGUUUUGUUUGUUUUUGUAUCUUGUCGGAUGCACCUAGAUAUGGAAAAUGGAAGCCAAAUUUUAUCUUUGAAGACUGUAUUUUCAAAAUAAAACUUUUUCUUGUUUGUUUCAA